UUGUAACUGACAGUUCAGCAGAAUAGCUAACCUCCAACUACGAGCGAAUAUUCCUAACGAAUAAAAUACUUCUGCUGGUGAAAGUCCGUAAAUUUUUUAUAAAAACACCUAAUUAAAUUGUGUUGAAUAUUUGUUCGCGAAAUAGUAAACAAUGGCUACAAAAUCAAAACGCGCCGGAACUGCCACACCCCAGCCGCAGCCUGGUGGCACCUCAACGCCAGUAAUUAGCGGAAGUAAUCGCUCUGCUAGCCCAUUGAGUCCAACGCGACAUUCGCGUCUUCAAGAAAAGGCUGAGUUGCAAAAUCUAAACGAUCGUUUGGCCUGCUACAUCGAUCGUGUACGCAAUUUGGAAACUGAAAAUGCGCGUUUGUCCAUCGAGGUUCAAACUACGCGUGAUACUGUAACUCGUGAGGCUACUAACAUCAAGUCCAUGUACGAAAAUGAGUUGAGCGAUGCGAGACGUUUGCUGGAUGAAACUGCACGCGAAAAGGCCAAAUUAGAGAUUGAUACCAAGCGUCUGUGGGAGGAAAAUGAGGAGUUGAAAGCAAAAUUGGAUAAGAAAACUAAAGAUUGCUCAUUCGCCGAAGGUAAUGCUCGUAUGUACGAGUCACGCGCUGCUGAUUUGAGCAAUAAAUAUAAUGCCGCCAAUGCUGAUCGUAAAAAGGCUGUGGAUGAAUUAAAUGAAGCACUUAAAGAGCUAGAGCGGUUGCGCAAACAAUUGGACGAAGCGCGCAAACUACUGGAGGAUGAAACAUUGGCACGCGUUGACUUGGAGAAUAACAUACAAAGCUUACGCGAAGAAUUGACAUUUAAAGAUCAGAUUCACAUACAGGAAAUGAAUGAAACGCGCUCGCGCCGUCAAGUGGAAAUAAGUGAAAUCGAUGGACGUUUGACCGAACAAUACGAAGCCAAAUUACAACAAUCUUUGCAAGAAUUGCGUGACCAAUAUGAAGGUCAAAUGCGUGCCAAUCGUGAUGAGAUCGAAUUGUUGUACGAACAAAAGAUUAAGAACUUGCAGUCGGCAGCUAAUCGUAAUUCGAAUGCUGCCGCGAAUGCAAUCGAAGAACUGCGAACUACACGUACACGCAUUGAUGGGCUCAAUGCACGCAUUGGCGAACUAGAGUCGACAAACAACGCAUUGACCGCACGCAUACGUGAGCUGGAGCAGUUUUUGGAUCGUGAACGUGCACGUCAUAGCGCGGAUAUUGCGAAUUUGGACGCGGAAUUGCAGCGCUUACGCGACGAAAUGGCACAACAGUUGCAGGAAUACCAAGACUUAAUGGAUAUCAAGGUUUCGUUGGACUUGGAAAUCGCGGCCUAUGACAAAUUGCUGUGCGGUGAGGAGUCACGUCUAAAUAUCACACCACAUACGUCCACUGCUUCAGGGUCUUUUAGUCAAAGUUUACGCGGCACACGCGCCACACCAAUACGUAAAACACCAUCACGUGGCGCUUCUUCAGUGCCGCUAAAACGAAAACGCACCGUUGUCGAUGAGUCGGAGGAUCUGAGUCAAUCGGAAUACUUUGUCACUGGCAGCGCCAAGGGCGACAUUGAAAUUUCCGAAGUUAGUUCGGAGGGCAAAUUCGUAAAAUUGCACAACAAAGGAAACAAGGAGGUACAAAUCGGCGGUUGGCAAUUGAUACGCACUGCUGGCGGCAAUGAAACAUCCUUUAAAUUCCAUCGCUCUGUUAAAAUUGAUGCAGGCGCGGUGGUGACUGUCUGGUCUUCCGAUGCUGGUGCUACACACGAGCCACCAUCUAACAUAGUGAUGAAGACACAAAAGUGGUUUGUUGGUGACAAUAUGAAGACAUCGCUUUUCAAUGGAGACGGCGAAGAAGUAGCUGGCUCGGAACGUGUUAAACGUACAAUUGUAACUCAUUCGUCGCGUCAUCGCUCCUAUGGCGGUCGGUUAGGCGUAUCCACGGUGGAUGGUGCUGGGAAUGAAGAACUUUACCACCAACAAGGCGAUCCACAGCAAGGCGAUGAGAAAUGUCGUCUGAUGUAAACGUGUAGGUUGAGGAGAAAUUCAACACUAAAUGUUAAAUCACUACAAAGGAUUACUAUAGUUUUCAUAAUCUUUAAUUGUAAUAUCGUAAAUUGAAAGCAAACUAUGGUUUUAAGCAAUGCUUCAAAAGAGUGUAGACCAAGAAACGUCAAACAAUCACCACGAUAACGGCAACAACCUCACUAUCACCCAACAUACCAACUACUAAUACUUACUUACAUACAUAUACCUAAAUACAUUCGGGCUGCAUACAUACCGUAUUACCUUACAAAUGACAUCGCAGAUUUUGUUCGUUAUCGCUUAAAAUUUUUUCUCUACUUGCCAUUUGUUUAGAACUUACAUACAUAUAGUUUAGUUUCUGAUAUAAUUCCUAUCAUACCUAUUUUAAUAUUAUAUUUUAUGCGACUGUUAACAACAAAAUGGGUUUUAGUUCAAUUGAGCUAAUUAAAACUCAUUUUUAUAUUUAAAUUACAUUUAAACAUUGUAGUAUUCAUCUAAAAGUUCUAACUAACAAAAUAAGAGUAAAACGCCUACAAUACAAUCAAAAGCGUAAAGAAAAAAAAAACUUGCUGAGUAAAGAAACAAAUUUUUAGCAAUCGAGAACAAAAAUGGGGUUUAACGGUCGCAAAUGUUUGGAAUGAAUCAUACGAUUAUCAAAGAGUACAAGGAAAGCGUUUGCGCUUUCCUGCCAUAAUUAACAGUAUACAUUUAGUUUUUUUCUUGCUUAAACAUGUACAAAUUUAUGGUUUCAGUUUCUGGAAGUUUAGAACUUUGAGGUACAAAUAAAAAUAGACACAAAAAGACUCGAAAAAUUCGUAUAUUUCUUGUGGCAAAUAAAAAAACAAAGUUGGAAAGAGACAGAAACAACAUAAUAAUAAUAAUAAUAAGACUUAAUUUGGAAAUAUUUAAAAAGGCAUUUUAAGGUUGAAAUGGAAUUAAUGUAAUAAUUUGGUUAUUUAAAUAUUACAAUUUAAUGGAGCCUGAUAUAUGUAGCUGAAAAGGUUAAGUUGGAGCAAUACAUUUUUUUUAACAUUUUAGUCCUUAUCUUAUUGUUAAAAUUCUUUUCUGCAGUCGAAGAUCCAAAGAGUGAGCAGCUCUCAUGAGAGUGAUCAACGUAAAGGUCAACCGCCUCAGCUCCUUUUAAACUUUGCUAUAAAUAUCACCCCCCAUUGACAUUGAUUCGAAAAGUAAUACUUUGACGCAUAUCGACGGCGGAAAAAUUGAGUACUUUUAAUCGGACCGGCAUAUCAAACAUGAAUAAGCAUUCACCGUUCGCGCAGCGACGGACUGUGUCGAACAAA